CUUCUCUCUGUCGUCAGUUAUGGAAGACGAAAACCAGAGAUUUUCGAGGCUGCUUACUGCUCAUCUUGAUAAAGUUAAACAACAGGUUAAGAAGUUAAUGGAGGCUGCUUGUGCAGGGGAUAUUAAGCUUUUCAAGAAAUUGGCAAAGGGACUGGAUCGUGGGAAAGGGUUGGCCGCUACGGUGGCGUCUGUGAAGGAUGGUAAAGAACGAGGGGCAUUGAGCUUUGCCGCUACGGAAGGACAACUUAAGAUGUGCAAGUACUUGGUGGAGGAGUUGAAGAUUGAUGUCAAUGAUAGAGAUAAAGAAGGUCAGACUCCUGUUCUUUGUGCUGCUAGGGAAGGACACACUGCUACUGUCCAGUACCUCAUAGAAAAGGGUGCAGAUCCUGCAACACCCAGCACCUCAGGGGCAGCUUUGCAUAAUGCUGCAGGAAAUGGACAUAUUGAAUUGGUUAAAUUGUUACUGUCGAAGGGUGUAGACGUUGAUUUGCAAAGUGAUGCUGGAACACCACUUAUGUGGGCUGCAGGUCUCGGCCAAGAAGAUGCUGUUAAGGUUUUGCUUGAACACCAUGCUAAUUUUGAUGCUCAAACAGGAGAUGAUAAUAUGUGUCCUCUGGGAUCAGCUGUGGCAGCCAAUUCAUUGCCUUGCGUGGAGCUGUUAGUAAAGGCAGGGGCUAAUGUCAAUGUUAAGACUGGUGAAGCAACAAGGUAUGGUGAAACAACUCCUUUGCUCAUUGCUGCUCAUAAUGGUAAUGCAGAAAUUGUUAACUGCUUACUACAAGCUGGAGCUGAUCCUAAUGCUGCUGAUGAGGAUGGUAAUAAGCCAAUACAUGUUGCAGCUACAAGAGGCAAUCGGGCAGCUGUUGAAGCUUUAUUGGCCGUCACACCACAGAUUCAGAGUGUUCCUGAAUGGAGUGUGGAUGGAGUCAUUGAGUUUAUGCAAUCUGAUUAUAGGAGAAAACAGGAAAGUACAGAAGCUGGGGAGGAAGCAAACUAUGGCGCUAAUCUAAGAUGCCUACUUACGAGGCUGGAGGAUGAAUUCAAGGGAUUGAAGCAAGAACGUAUUAUUCCAAAGAAAGAUUUGCCUGAGGUGACUCCUGAAGCAAAGAAGAAAGCUGCAGAUGCAAAGGCGAAGGGAGACGAGGCAUUUAAGAGGAAUGAUUUUCCUAGGGCUAUAAAUGCUUAUGCACAGGCAAUCAAUUUUGAUCCAACUGAUGGCACUCUGUUUUCGAAUAGAAGUCUUUGUUGGCUCCGCCUGGGGCAAGGUGAAUCUGCCUUGGUUGAUGCUAAGGCUUGCAGAGAACUUAGACCAGAUUGGGCAAAAGGUUGUUAUCGGCAUGGUGCAGCUCUACGUCUAUUGCAGAGGUUUGAAGAGGCAGCCAAUGCUUUCUAUAGGGGCAUCCAGAUCGACCCUAAUGAUGAGCUCAUAACUGCUUUACAGUAUGCUUGUUGAGACUUGGAAG